AUGAGCUCCGCUGUGGACGCCAUGACAAUGCUUGGAUAUUUUAUUCUCCUCUAUUUCCUCUUCUUUCACUUACCUCUCUGCAACAGCGAAGUCAUCAUAAAAAGGCCACAGUUUGAAGAAGAUGACAUACGGUGCCUUAACGAGACUAAAGCAGAAUUGACUGAUCCAAAUCAGUCUCUCUUCACCUGGCGCUUUGGGAACAGCAGCCAAGGCUUUAUCUGCAAUUUUGUAGGAAUUCAGUGCUGGCAUAGCUAUGACGGCAAAGUGCUAAGCGUUAAGCUUCCUGGAAUGGAGCUUUCGGGACAUUUCCCCAGCGGCUUCAAGUACUGUGGGAGUAUGACUAACUUGGAUCUCUCAAGCAACAAUCUUUCAGGCACGAUCCCAAAGGAUCUCUGCAAAUGGCUUCCCUUUCUUGUGCAAAUUGAUCUUUCGUCAAACCACUUUACUGGGUCGAUUCCUCCCGAGCUCGCUAAUUGUACUUAUCUGAAUAUUCUCCGCCUCAACGACAACCAACUUAGCGGCUCGAUACCAUGGGAAUUGACGCAGCUGAAGCGGCUCAACGACGUCAAUUUUGCAAAUAAUAAUCUUACAGGGCCAAUACCAUCUAAGUGGGCCUCUAAUAGCUCCGACCUUUUUCAGGAGUCACUGCAUUGCAAAAUAGCAUUUUUGGUCUGUCCCUCGGCAUUUUUGGUCUGUUUAUUAGCAUUUAUGUUUGUCAACGUUUCUAGUCAGUAUAGCAGUGUUUCUGGUCUGUUUCUCAACGUUCUUGGUCAGUUUAGCAAUGUUUAUGGUCAGUAUAGCAGCGUUUAUGGUCUGUUACUCGGCGUUUCUAGUCAAUUUGGUGGUGUUCCUGGUUAUUAUAGCAGCGCAUUUGGUCAUUUUGUUAGCGUUUCUAGUAAACUGUACUAA